AUGUAUCAAUCGCGCACCUCCCACAGAACCUCCAGGGGAAUGAUCCAAACAAGCGACGGGAAGUACUUGAAGAGGUCUACCACAGCACAUCUCUAUCGCCCAGGGACUAUACAGCCGACAUUCUCUGGGUCCCAGUAUGCGUCAUACCCUUCAUCGGCCCCGCCGUCACCUACAGCCUCUUUACCCCGCGCUUCGCCCUCUAGCAGUUACACCCCAGAACGAGGGUACGAUGGCUACAGUACUGCUAGUUCUCGAAGCUCACAGAGACACCACACGAUGUCGACUGUAUCCCUGUCCGCUGCGUCCUCACUCGGUUUCGUUCCGCCCAUUUACAGUUCAUUCCGGGGCUCCAGACACGAUUCGUAUUCGUAUGCCGGCAGUUCUAGAAGCUCUGAGGGACGACGGCACGGGGCGGACUACAACUUUACUACCCCGCCCAGUAGCAAAUCUGCCGUAUCCAGUACCAGUUCUCGGAGCUCGCAGAGACACCGUGACCGCGCGAUAUCGACCUUCUCUGGUUCCGCCAGCGCCUCCCCACUCGGUCUCGUUCCACCCAUUCAGAGCUCAUCCCGGGGCUCCGUACGCGAUUGGUACAGUUCUGCCAACGGCGGAGGCUUACAUCGGAGACGACGCGAGCCGGAAUACGGCGGCUCCGUUACCCUUAGGUCUUUUUCUGCCUCAUCCUCGUCAAGUUCAAGCGACUCAGAGGGAGGACAUGACGAAGAUUCAUGGUACAUGGGUUCCAAUGACCUUGGAUGGUCUAUGGCACCACCAAUACCAGGCUGGCUGCCCGCUGCACCUGUAUUUGUCCCUGUCCCUGUCCCUGUACUGUGCUCACGCCAGUGUGCGACCGUGAAUCGUGAAUGCGGGGGUGCCAGUCCUAGCGUGGUGGUCAUCAACAACAAUCAUUGCUGUGGUUGCUAA